UGUCGGACAGAUUCCCACAGUCACCCUAAGUGGAGAGCAACACCAGUCCGCUAUGCAGCUUAUCACAGUACUUGAGUUAACCGGUUUACUCCACCUCUCUCUAUCACUGGGUUACCUGUUGGCUCAAGAGUAUGUAACAGUGGAAAUACAAGAGGGCACCCUGAGGGGUCAGAUGUCGAAAACAUGGACAGACAUUCCCAUGUUCAUGUUUCAAGGUAUUCCAUAUGCUGAACCACCAGUGGGAGAUCUUCGCUUCCAGCCACCAGUGAGUAAAGCUGCUUGGUCUGGCGUUAGAGAUGCACUGGCGGUAGGAUCGAUGUGUCCUCAACUUGAUAACAAUGAAGCGUCUGGGGACGAGGACUGCCUCUACCUAAAUGUCUUUGGUCCAGAGACAGCCCUGCAGAAAGAAGAACUGAAACCUGUAAUGGUAUGGAUCCACGGUGGAUGUUUCACAUCAGGCUAUGGUCAGGGCGCCACACCUAAUUACUACGUGGACCAAGACGUCAUCCUCGUCAGCAUAAACUAUCGUCUCGGACUCCUGGGUUUCCUAAGCACAGGGGACGAAGUCGUCCCAGGAAACAUGGGCCUUAAAGACCAGACAGAAGCACUUCGCUGGGUACAGAGGAACAUAGCAGCGUUUGGUGGUGAUCCACAAAAAGUAACCAUUUUCGGCCAAAGCGCUGGAGGAGCAUCGAUUCAUUAUCACGUCGUAUCGCCGCUGAGCACGGGUCUGUUCAAGAACGCAAUUUCGAUGAGUGGAUCAUCGUUAAACCCGUGGGCCUUUUCCAGAAAUGCAACAGACAGAGCAAUUCGAUUUGCUCAACAUUUGGGAUACACAGGCAAAACUUCAAGUGAUCUCGUAAAUUUUCUGAAAAAUGUGGAUCCCUCAACGCUAAUAAUGGAUCAAAAGGUGGCUCUUUCGGAAGAGGACAGCAAAACAUUGUUCACCUGUGUUUGGGUGCCCAGUGCAGAGCCGGUAAACGAUGGGGCUUUUCUGACGGAAGAGCCGUGGACAGCUUUGUCGGAAGGGCGCUACAAUCUGGUUCCCUUCAUGGCUGGCAACACUGACCUAGAGCGAGUUGGACACACUCAGCCUGGUGGUUCAUUAUCCACGGAGGCCAAAAUAGAGAACCUGAACGAGAACUUUGGCGAAAUUGUGGGCUGUGAUCUACGACUUCCAACGAAGGAAGAGCGUGUGGAAGGAGCAGAGUCCGUCAAAAAAUUCUACUACAACGGCAGCGACAUCACACUCAAGGACAACUACACCACCGCUCUGUUCGACUCGCACCUCUUCUUCGUGGAGGGGCUGGACGCCGCCAUCAGGAGCAUGUCCCGGUUAUCCUCGCAGCCUGUCUACUACUACCAGUUUUCGUUCGUCGGUCCUCGCAGCGCGUAUCCUGGCGGCCCUGGAGCAGCACAUGCCGAUGAUGUGCACUACAUGUUCACAUCGCCCAUGGCUCUGGAUCCUGAUUCGGAUGGAGGUAUUAUCAGAGCUCAGAUGAUAGAAAUGUGGGCUAAUUUUGCCAAAUAUGACAAUCCAACGCCGGAACAGACUUCGCUACUAACGGAGACGUGGAAGGAGUACGACGAAUCUACCCCAUACUACCUGGAGAUAACGAGACCUCUUCGCCUUAAAACAAACUUGUUUGAGCCGUACAUGACCUUCUGGCUGAACCUGCUACCGUCGUAAACACACAUCAGAUUUAAGCGUUGUGUGAAUGUAACAAUUCAGUACAAGUUGUUGGUACGUUAAGUGUCAUUCUUUUAACUGGAGUAAUAAAAUUUAGUACAACUGUGAUAUUAAAAAAUAUCUACCACGUAACAAACGCACCCUUUUGAUUGUAAGACUGGAUAUUUUCUUUCUCUCUAACCAAACUUGACAAUAAAUAAUUAAUGAUAA